AUGUCUGGCAACAAGGGCGGCAACAAUGGUCAGAACUACUAUGAGCUCUAUAGAAGAAGCAGCAUCGGAGAGCAGCUCACAGCCUCUCUCGACACGCUAAUCCAGUCCGGUCACAUCAACCCUCUCUUAGCCAUCCGAGUGCUCAACCAGUUCGACCGCUCCAUUGCCGAGACUCUAUCUGCCAAGGUCAAGAGCAAGGCGACAGUCAAGGGUCACUUGAGGAAUUACAAUAGCUGUGAUGAGGUGUGGACGUUCAACGUCCAGGGUGGAAAGGUCAAGCUGGACAAUGGAGAAGAAAUUGAAGUAGACAGGCUGAAGAUUGUCGCUUGCAAGAUGGCAGAAGGCGGCACAAGCAAGUAGGCUGAGACGGCCGCUCUCUUCCACAAAUCCAUGCCGCCACUGAAUCAAAGAGCAUAGAUUUCCUUUGUCGAAGCAGUCUCUGACAAUUCGCUCCGUCCCCAGCAUCCUUUGCCGACAGGCAUUUCCAUUCACCCACACAUAUGACGACGCUCCACUCAAAGAGUCGCGUCUCCUG